GUGAUUGUGACUUGUGAUCCUUGAUGACAAUGUAUUAUUCAUAGGGACUCUCUGGCGCGAGAAACUGACAUAUAAAGGGGGGCAUUGGACUCGAGGAAACAGGAGACAACUCUUGCUUAGAACCAACACAAUCUCUUCUUUAUCCAAAACCUACAUCGGUAUUCCGUUUGAAUCCCAUCUCAAUCGUAUCUUCAACUGUUCCGGAGCAAUAUGAAGAUCUCUGCUACAUUCCUCUAUACCUUCCUUGCCAUCACCACCCUGGGUGUCGCGAGCCCCACGGGCAACAACGCCGUCGCCGCCGAAAAUGUCACGCCUGCUUACGCUGAAGCCGAAUCUUUCUUCGAGAAGCGUAAGGGCUGUAGCGGCGAAAGGAAAGAUUCCGACGUCUGUGGCGGAAAGAAGCUCGCAGAACAACACUCGUUUCAUAACUGUAAGAGUAAAAAUAAGGGCAAAUGCUGCGCCAAGAAUUCAGACGGGACAGGAGGGAUCGACGUGAACAAGGGAGGUGGUGAAAAUUGUGGCUAUUGCUUCAGUGGCAAAUGCUCGGGCUGAUUAACCUCAGCAUAAGGACGUCUCGCAUGGCACCGGAAAGAGGAUGUCCAGGAAUUCAUUAUGUGGAGUGUCUUUGAAUUUGUGCUCUAGUUGGUGGUAGACGGUCAAUGUUUAACUCUACCAAACUCAAGUCUCCCCAUCUGUGUCCCUAGUAAAACAAUCCAUUUGAAACAGUGUCCACAUGGCUAAGCCUCGUACACCCGCGCCUUGUACGUAC